AUAUGGUGUGUGCCACUAAACUCUCCUGACGGAAUUUAAUGUAAUUAUCGGAUUACAGUGCUGCCGCUCUGAGGCUGGAAAUAUUUACUACUAUCCCGACGACCGAGGUGUUUUCCAUCUCUGCUGCUCUCUCAGGCCGCGGUGACUGGAUAUCACAGGCUUUAUAAAUCAGUUCAUUUUGACAGCGUCGAUUAAUCUAUUGGUUAUCAGCGAAAUAAGAUUCUUCAUCGAGGAUUGGAGAGCUUUACGCAGAGCCAAGACACACAAGUGGAGAUGACAACUGUGACGUCGAGGCGAAUAGUGGGAUCUUUUUAAAAACUGGGCUUUAGACGAUUCCCGGAGGCUCUAAAGACCAUCUUGUCCAAACUCUAUUUCUGUUAUGUCUGUCGCCUCUCUGCCGGAAUGGAAGCAACUCCUGCUGGAGAAAAAGAGGAGAGAGGAGGAGGAGCGCGAGAGGAGAGAAAAAGAGGAAGAGGCGAAGUUUGCCAAUAUGCCUGCCUGGAAGCGAGGGAUCAUCCAGAGGAGGAAGGCAAAGCAGGACAAUUUGAGCGACAAAGAGAAGGACAGAGACAUCUGUCUGCUGCAGGUGGAUGCCAGAUCUCCUACUGACUGUCUGAGUGACACAGACAGCUUCAUCACAGUCAAUUUUGGGAGUGAGCUGUCACUUAGUCCAGAUCCAGGGCAAUGGCUGGAUGCAGACAUCAAAUCACUGAGUCAGGUGUCUGUAGAAACUAUAGUUCCCUUCCAUGAAAACCUGUUCAUACGUACGCAGAGUGCAAAGAGAAAGGGGAGGGAUGCAGAAGCAGGGGUCGACCCAGACGUUAAGGAGAGGGAGAAAGACAAAACAAGCCCCAAGAGUCAAGAAGGAGAGUCAGGAAGAGGAAGAGAUAUAGAGAUAAAAAUAGAGAGAUUCAGAGAUUUAAGUGAGGGACGGGAGGUAGACAGGAGCCGGGACAGGAGCCGAGACAGGAGUCAGGGAAGAGAGCAGGAGAAGACCAAGGAAGGAUGGGAGAAAGAUAAAAGUCAGUGGAAAGAGUCGGGGAAAGAUCAAACCAAGGAGCAAGAAUUACUCAAAGCUCGAAAAGAGGAAACAGAAACAGAUCCACAGUCCACUUCAUCCUCACUUGUCCCCUGUCUUCGAACCAUCCGAGCUGACAACAUCAUCAUCAUCGAGCAGGAGAGGAAAGGCACUGAGGAGAGGAGGGGCAGAUGGAGGGAGGCAGAGAGCGAGAGACCCGAGGAGGACCACCAGGGCAAGAGAGGGAUGAAGAUGAACCUGAGGGAGAUCCUGUCAGGAGGAGGAUGUGUCACCGAGAUCAGAGCGUCCGAGGUUCUGAUCAUAAAGCCCUCAGUGAGCCCUGAAGAGAGGAGUCCAGGAGGAGGAGGAGGAGGGGGUAAAAGUUCAGGCAGAGAGGAUGGGGAGAUGAAGGGUGGUGUGGAUGGAAGGAGGGAGAGCAUGUGCCGCGAGUUCAGAACAGACAUGUCCUGGCUACGAGAGAAGGAGAAAGAAAGACCGUGGGGCCAUGCGACUGUAAUCAAAGACGACAGGAAGGACUGUGAUGACAACUUGUUUGUUGAAAGAGGAGGGAGGGUCAGCCAGCUGCUGAGCAAAUUCGGAGAGCAUCCCAAGCCCCCGUCUCGAUCUAAAAGCUCUGAUAAUUUCCUCCGGCCUGGAAGAAGAAAACUGUCAGAUGAGGAUGACCAGCAGUCUGAGGAGAGGAAGGCAGACGGGAGGAAUGCUUUGUCGAAAGGUGUCCCCAAACGCUCUUUUAGCUUUUCUGAUCGUGUCCUCUCGGCUAAGGAGAAUGGUUUGGAUGACAAUGGACAUCAUGAGAGAAAAACACGAGAGAGGAUACAUUCAGACAAGAGCUCACCAGUGUUGGUAGACUUAACAGGGACAGAGAUCAAACUGGGGUACGCACUUUUUUUAGAUAAAGGCCAGCGUAGAAAAGACCGGGACAGGCAUUUUAAAAACCUAGAGGAAAAGGGGGGUCCCACACAGAGAAAAAAUGACUCAGAUAUCUUAAAACACAAGAGUGACUUCAAGAAGGUGGAGCUUUUUGACACAAGGGCUGCUGAAAAAGAUAGUGAUGUAGAUGGGGAUCAGGGGUUCACCGCGGCGUCUGUCAGAAACACAGAGGGAAUCUCAUUUGCUAGAAGAAUACCAAUCAGGCAGGAUGGGAAAGCAAGAGCUGACAGAGACACGAAGCAACUCACAGGUCCGAAGAGUUCAGAGAGGGGGCAGAGUGUUGGAAAAGAUUCAGAGAUGGAAAGACAGACUGAAAAGGUGUCAGAUUUUCUGAGAGAAGAGGGGUGUGAAAGCAUGACCCAAACUGAAAGUGAGCAAAAGAGUCAUGUUGCUGCGUCUGCAGAGCUGGUCGGUCUAGGUCACACUCAACACAGACAUGAAUCAGCUUUUAAAGAGUGUUCGAGUCUACUCUGCGCUACUUCAGAGAAGGCAAGAGACUCCCAAACAGGGCCAGAGUGGAGCGGGUCAGGACCACAAGCAUCUGGUCUUUCACACAAUGUUCUGUCCAAACAAACAGAGGAGCUUAUCAGUAAGAUAGAGAAAAUAGGAGACACAACUGUUUAUCACAGCGAGAAAGGAGAACGGGCUUGUAAGGCUGCUUAUGACGUGUCAAAAGAGUGCAAACAGGAAGGGCAAACAUUCAGUGAUAAUGACUCUGAGGGCCCUGCUCAUAAUCUAACCCCCAGAUCUACUAAAAGGAUUCCACCCAUGGGGAUCCCUCCAAGUCCCCUUGAGAUUCAAAUCCCCAGGAGUGUGUUUUAUGUUGCCCAAGAAAUGGAAGAGAAAAAAAAGACUGAGGGUCAAAGCGAUGAGGGGAAGGACUGGGAGGCAGGUAAAGGAGUUGAGAGGAGGGAUAGCUGGAGGAUUGGGAAACCCCUCAGUCGCAUCGAGUCCCUGCGUGAGAAAAUCAGACAAAGAGAGCUGGAGACGCUGAGACAAAAAGCAGCAGAAGAUGGAGGUGGAGGUGAAGACACAGAGAAGAAAGCCGCUGCUGGGGACAGUCAUGAUGUGAAGGGAACUGAGAUCGAGAAAGAGAGAGAAGGCGCAGCUUGUAUGCGGAAGAGGCCUGUCGAGGCAGAGAAGGGACAGGAAGAUGCAGCAGCGCAGACAUCCAUGACGGCAUGUGACGUCAAACAGGAAGUCGCUGUGUUGAAAACCAGCCCUCAACUUCCUGUUUCUGUCCCACACUCACAAGCUGUCAGAGCAGAGGAAGUAACAAGCGGGUAUGCUACUGCUGCCACCGGAGGUAUCUCUGACAGCCUCAAGACAGCUGAAGAUGAGGACGAGCCCUUAAAACAUGGAGAGGAACAGCUGAGGCACCACAGGAGCCAACCGGAGAACAAAGAGAAAGAAAAGAAGGAGGAGGAAAAGGAGCUCUCUGAAGGGAAAGCAGAGGAUUACCCAUUGCCUCUGGAUUCUGGACAACCACUCUCAUCUUUGUCACCUCAUCCCAACUCUCUCGCAGCCAUGAGCCGGAUCUACAACCUGGAAACAGUCGGCUCAAGGUCCGGCUUGUGUCUUAGGGAGAGGACUGUAGAGAUCCAAUCAGUGCACCUUGUGAAAGUGAGGCCCCUCAUUUCAAACGCACAGCAGUCAGACAGCAAGGAAUCAACAGGUGAUGACAGUUGUGGGGUUCAGACAAUCCAACAACAGAUAGGGCAGUUUCAGCUGAAAGAACAGGAAGCGCUGAAGUCUGGCACAACAGCAAAUAAUCCUCAUGAUGUCAGAGGGACAAAGGGGCAGCAAAGCUCAAGAGGAGUGUUGAAGCACCUUGUAAAAGACAAUGCCAAGACUCAGGAGAAAGAACAAGAAACGUCCGAGCCUAACCCCAAAGUGUUGCCUCAGCGUGCUUGUUCUCCAUCAUCUCGGCUCAAACCGUCCAGCCAAACCAUAACGCACAACCCAUCACUCCUCCGGAGCCAAUCCCCCGACAGCCUCUUGAAAUCCUCUAAUUGCACCCCAACCCCAACCUGCUCCCCGAGCUCCUCAUCUCCUUCCCAGUCUCCCGGAAUCUCUCCAUGUACCACCCCGUCUCCCACACUCUUCUCCAUCAGGAGUGCCUCUGGUGGCCAAGUGAAGAGAGGUGCCACCAUCACGAUAUCUCCAAGAAAACCUACUGCAGUGGCGGGGUCCACGCCUGGGCCCACCACAGCAGGGUCCACUGCCCCAACAGCCGAGCCAGGAAAAAAGAAGUACCCCACUGUGGAGGAGAUUGAGGUGAUUGGUGGAUAUCAGAAUCUGGACAAGUCCUGUCUGGUCAAAAUGAGAGGAACCCCAAAAAGGGGAAAGGUGUGUUUUGAUGAGGACCAGCUGGAGCAGCUGUGUGAGUACCCGUCAGAGACCUUCAUGCUGGCGAGUACCCCCUUCCCUCAUGACCUGUGGAGGACUGAGAGGCCGCAGAGUGAGGAGGCGCAGGAGGAAGAAGCAGAAGUGGAGGUGUCAAAAGGCACAAGGAGCGUGGGGAUUUCUACAGGACGGGGUCUACGAGUUGAUGAGUCUUGUCCUCGGUAGAAGCCAGCCAACUCGCCAAAAUUGUCCAUGUGAUGAGAUCACCAUCAUUUUGUUUAACAAUAUUACAUGAUGUUUAUUAAUUCUCUUUUUUUUUCAUUGUUGAAUUGAAUGAGUUGAAGUGAGUGUUUGUAAUAUUUGUGAUGUUUUUGUUUUACAUAGCUUAAGAAUGAAUGAGUGAUGUUGGAGAAAUGUACAUUUAAGUUGGGUUUAUGCAGUUAAACAUAAAGGACAUAAUUGUGCUAACUGGAUAAAAUAUAAUUUAGUAAUAUUUUCAGGGAAAAUGGAGGACAAAUGUGAAUGUAUUAGAAUGGUACACAAUAAAAGACUCAGGUGUGCCCAGUUUGAUCACUUGUCUAUGCAAUAUAAUAAUUACAUUUUAUUUUUUAGAGAAAAUAUUCCAUAGUUCAUUUCAUGUCAGUCAUUUCCUCUGCCUCAGCACUGAAGAGUGAUGUUUGCAUCAUCUGAUCUCAUGUGCCUGCUUAAUCUGCCCAAGCAGAUGAUAUGAAGAUCAAUUUAUAAAAACUAGAAAUGUGUAUAUAUAUUUUUUUUCUUUUUCGGUGGACUGAAGCCUUUUGGAAUAACCUCUCUCAGCGGAUGUUGUGUUAAAUGUUGCAGACACAGGGGUGGUGCAAUGUUUGCAGGAUGAUAGUGUUUUGUAAGGUUUAAUUGAUCCUUGCUGUUCACAGUGACAACUCUGGUAACAGUUCAACUUUUAUGGAUGUAAAAGGAAAUUAAUAUCAUGUAAUGUUUUGUUUGAGAAGAGAGCUGUGUGAGAGAGUCCCUUAGAAAAGAACAUAAAUUAUCAGACAAACUUCAUCAUAAUACAGCCGGUAUCUAACUCUAGGUUGUGUUUAAAUCAUUAUACAAACCAUACACUGAACAUCUCCUAUAAAUGAAUGUUUUGAUUGGUAAAAGAUAAUGGAAAUUAUUUUUUCUAUGAUGUUUAAGAAGCUGGCUUCAAAGAGAAAAAAAAUCUAAUAAAUAUUUCUGAAAACAAA